AUGGCUUCACACGUGCCAAGAUUAUCAGACACUCUGGAGAUGGGUAAGGAUGUAUUGGAGGACUAUGUAUGUUUUCUUCUUGACAAUCUUAGCGACCUAGUAAAUCGUGGUAACGAUCUGAUGUUCUAUUUGAAGGAUCAAAUACCACCCCUGUAUAAGGGACUAGGAUUCUUGAGAACCAUUCUUAAGAAGCACCAGGAGAAGUUUGAUAAGCUACAUGAAAAAGAAAAGGAUCUUAUUGGAGCUGCAGUCAACAAGGCAGGGAUCAUAAUUUGGCUGCUUUUUGUGCACGAAUUGAAAGAAGGCUUGGCGAAGGAAUUUGAUUCUGCGCUUUUCAAUUUUGAGGAAAGAUUCAGCUUGUUAAAGUUUCAACGUCAACAUUCAUCUUUCCCAGCACCAACGAACUUGUACGGACCAGUGCAACCAAGCUCUUUGGAGCUGUGUCAUGGAGGUGGCACGGAAGACACAUUUUUGGUAAAAUCCUUGUUUGUUGGAGAUAUUCCUGGUUAUUCUCCAAUCCUGUUUGAUUCCAUCAGAGAAGAAGUUAAUGAGGUUAAUCUUCUUAAGAUGGAAGCUUUGAAGAUUAGUCAUAGUAAGUUAAGAUUGGAAACCCAUAGUGCAAGCAGGACAACCAACAAAAUUGUGGUGAAAUUGGACGCUGAGGUAACCACAGUAACUCAGAAACUUACCAGAGGACCAAAGCAGUUAGACGUUGUUUCUAUUGUGGGUAUGGCGGGACUAGGUAAGACAACUUUGGCAAGAAAUGUUUACAAUGAUCAUUCAGUCAGACGCUUUUUUCAUGCACGUGCAUGGUGUAAUGUUUCUAAAAUUCAUCAACAGAAAAAUUUACUGCUUCAGAUUUUGGGUUGUAUGAAUUCUGACCCUUCUGAUGGUGACUAUAGUAAGAUGACUCAAGAUGAGUUGGAAGAAAAAGCUAAGACAAAUAGAAUCCUUUUAACAAGUCGACUUCCUAAGGUGGCUUUUGAGAUUAACCAGAAUGGUAAAAUUCACCAUCUUCGAGGAGUUACUGAUAAGGAGAGCUGGGAAUUACUGCAGAAACAGAUAGCUUGUGAAGAAGAAGGCUAUCCUUUAGCACAGAGUGAUCUGGGGAUGCAAAUGGCAAAACAUUGUCAGGGGCUACCACUCAAAGUUGUUAACAGUAGCUGGAAUUCUUGCAAAUCUGAAGCAAGAUGGUUGGAAAGAGAUUGCAGAAAGACUGAGUUUAAGCGCUGCUGUUUGUGCCACCGAUCAGUGUAUGGAUGUUUUAGAGCUGGUUAUGGGCAUUUACCUGAUUAUCUAAAGCCGUGCUUUCUUUAUUUUGGGACAUUUCUUGAAGACCAAGAGAUUCCUUUUCGGAGGUUGAUGAGUUUAUGGAUCGCUGAAGGGCUUGUGGAAAAAAGUGAUGUAAAGAGCUUAGAAGAUGUGGCUCAGGAUUAUGUGUGUGAACUGAUAAGGAGAAGCUUGGUUAUGGUCUGGAAAGAAAGAUCCCUAGGAGGUGUAAGAAUUUGCCACAUACAUGAUUUGUUGCAUGAGUUCUGUGUGGUAAAAGCCAGAAAAGAAAAUUUUCUGCAGUUUCUCUGCAUGGGCAUGAUGAGCUUUUCACCUUUGAUGAGCCAUGAAAUCUACAGAGGCCAUGCCUUUUCUCGGAGCAAGAUGUUUUUGCAAACUCAAGGCUAUGUUGUACCAAUGUGA